AUUAUAUGUUUUAUAUAUAUUGGCUGUUUUGUGUGUAACGUUUAGCAUUUAUUUGUUUGUUACUAAAAUAAAACGUUUAAAAAUACUUUCCUUUAUGCUCUUUCGCCAUCUACCGGCCGGAUGGGACGAUUGGAGACACGUGACAAUGUACGUCACUCAAUAACACGGAAGUAGGCGCGAAACAAUAGAAACGAGGCAUCGUGUGAAUAAAUCUAUGAGUAAUUCUUCGUUUUAUGUUCUCGUACUUCAAUGGAGGGUUAUUCAGUGUGCAGCGUCAUCGGCGAGGGCUCUUUCGGUCGAGCUGUGUUAGUCCAGUGUAAAAACACUCAGGAGAAGUACGUUGUCAAGGAAAUACAGCUGCCAAAGAAUGAGUCGAAAGUGGAGAAGUGGAGGAGAGAAGCAGUGCUGUUAUCCACAAUGAAACAUCCAAAUAUUGUGGCAUUCCGUGAGGCGUUUGAAGCUGACGACCUCUUGUGCAUUGUGAUGGAAUACUGCAGCGGCGGAGACAUGCUGCAGAGAAUCCAGCAGCAGAAGACCAAGCACUUCUGUGUUGAUGACAUCUUAAAAUGGUUUGCUGAGAUGUGUGCAGGCGCCAAGCAUAUUCAUGAUAAGCGGGUUUUGCACCGAGACCUCAAGUCCAAGAACAUUUUCCUCACGGAUAAAGGCACAGUCAAGCUUGGAGACUUUGGCUCAGCAUGUGUUCUUAACAGCUCAAAGGCUUACGCUUGUACGUACGUCGGCACCCCCUAUUACGUUGCUCCGGAGAUCUGGGAAAACAAGCCAUACAACAAUAAGAGCGACGUGUGGUCUCUGGGCUGUGUGCUUUAUGAGCUGUGCACCCUGCGACACCCGUUCCAAGAGCCCAGCUGGAAGAGUCUGAUCCUCAAAGUGUGCCGGGGGGCGUACCCGCCGCUGCCCAAGCACCUGCCCUACGAGCUGCAGCUUUUGCUCAGGCAGAUGUUCAAGACGGAUCCCAAAGACCGGCCCUCCCUACGCACCAUUCUGACCUCCCACCGGGUCGCCAGGCUCCUGCGAGCACAUCUGUCCCCGCAGGCCAUACAAGUAGAGCAACGGGGGCGGUGCUCUGCUGGGAGGCCGGACACAGACGAGGGGAAGAAGGUGCUUCAACAUCUGGGAGAGAAGAUAGAAUACCCCACGGGAGUUGUUGAGACUCGCCAUGAAAAAGCGGCCCUCCCUCGAAGGCGUUGGGCCGCCGGGCCCUCGGAGACGGUGCUGCAAGUGUUUGCCAACGCCAGCCUCCAGUUGUCAGAUGAAGAGGAGAACGGGCGGCGGAAACAGUGGCGGCGAGAUCCCCCCGAGAGGCUGCUGAGUUUGUUGGAGAAAGCAGAGGUGAACCGAGCCUUCAGCACCUUUGUGGUCCACAGAGAAGGUGACAGUCCUCUGAUGGGUCCACUCUCCCGAGCUCAAGGUGACAGCACCGAUGGCCCAGAACAGGAAGUGCACAUGGACGACGACCGUCUGCAGCCACGCUCCGAUGACGAGGACACGGACUUUGAGGAAGACUCGCCAAGUGACUGGAUGGCUGCAGUGGAGGGAAUGUUGCCAGUGUGAAGCGUCAGCUGGUGUCGAGGAGGUCGCCGCUUCCUGUUUGGAUUUCAUUACGGGGCCUGUAGACGACAUUGUUUGUUUCACACCAGCGGAGGCAAAGCUAAAGUAGCCUCUGAUGUUAUUGUGGCCGUGACGGGAAAAACCACCAGGUGGAGUCAAGAGCUGUUUGGGGUAAAAAACAAACAAUCCCUUCAGACAAAAUGUUUAAAGCCAAAAAAUUCCAGCAAUUUUACAGGAAUAAAACCAAAACAUGA